CGCUCGAAGCCCGCGGUUUACAAAAACUACUGCUGGACGAGGCAAGAAAGAAGGAAACAUAAGACCUUAUUUUUUAACUUUCACUAGCCUUAUGGGGUGAUGCUGAAGUCGUGCCAACACCACAGUAACGUCAGCUCGGAGUAAAGUCGUUGAAAGUGUUUCAAAACUUCAGUUUUAGAACCAAACACAGCACGGCAUCGUUUUGUUUGUAGCGGCUGGAACGUUAGCAGAUGGCUAGCUAGCCAGAUAGCGCAGGGGAGGUUACGUUACCUUGUCAACAAGCGUCAACUGAAACUGUUGUGCCCUGGUAGGAAACAAGCCGCGCAGCUUCUUACUGUGAUUUGGGCUGGAUAACCAAAAGCAAUGUCGCUGUCGACUGAGGCUCAGGUUGGGAUGAGCCAAGGCAGCAGAGUUAAAGGUAGCACUAUUUGUGUGGUUGACGACAUCACCUCUGAUCGCCUUGAGGAUGACUUCGACCUGAAUAAGUCCUACCCAUGUACUCAGAGACCGCUGUACAAGAGGGGCCUGAGGGCACUGCAACGUCGUUAUUACCCUGGCUCCUUGAGAGGUGAAAGUUUGGAUGUUUUCACUUCUGUGGCAGCGAGAAACCUCCAGAUCUCUAGCUUACAUCCUGCCUCCCAAGUUUCUGCUGUCGCCCUGCCACACCCGCCCACUAUGUCAGAGGCAGAGGAAAGCUUGUUCAGUCAGCUGACCUCGGGAGAUUUUUGUCUAUCGGGAUCUCCAUAUGCCCUCAACCCAAACAAAGUCAUUCUUACUGUCGACCAUAAAACCAGAGAGAUUUUGUCAGCAAAUGAACAGGCCUGCAAACUGUUUGAGUGCACCACCAAUGAGCUGAUUGGAAAAAAGCUCUCCUGUUUCCUGAAGAAAACCAGUCAGGUCCUGGAAGAAGCAUUGGUAGAAGAUUUUGCACUUGUAGAUGGAACUGUUGCAGCUAUAUCUGGAAAAGUGGUGGAUGCUGUGACAUUAUCUGGAGAGGUGCCAGUGUCUGUGUGUACCCACAGACAGCCACAAAAUGAAGAGCACUGGCUUCUAAUGAUGGAAAGUGUAGAGAGAGUAUCAGCCUUUCUGUCCUUUUCACAAGACGGCAUUGUCCUAACCUGUGACUUAGCGUUAGCCCAUCUCCACGGAUACCACCAUCCUGACGAACUAAAAGGCGUGUCUGUGAAGGAGCUAAUCCCCUCUCUACAAAUUCCCCUGCACAGUAAUGCAUUGCCCAAAAUGCUAAGGGUUCAGAGAGUGUAUGGCAAAAGCAGAUGGAGUGCAUUAGUCCCACUGUGUAUCAAACUUCAGGGGGCAGUGGUAUGUGGGAGGCCCCAACACAAGAACAAUGGGACUGGUUGCACCUGCCCAACAGAGAGUCUUGAAAGAUCAGAUUCUCAGGACAAUCAGCCAUGCUCUCCUCUCACCUCCUCUGUGUGCAAGUCAGAAGGCGCUAACCCUGAAGAGCCAUCCUCUGAAGUGAAAGUGGGCAGCAUUGUCCUGUCCCAGAGCCCUGCACUGGAGUACUCCGGAACAGUUUGGGCGUUUGCUCCUGUGAGCGGUCUCCUCCUGCUCCACCCUGAUGGUUCAAUCUACAGCAUCCACAGCCACCUGGCUCUCAGUCUGUUUGGCUACGACAAGGACGAGCUACUGAGAAAGAGUGUCACUUUUCUGAUGCCCGGUUUCUAUAGAUGGAUGUCUGAGUCAGACAGAAAGAACAUCUCCUUCUGUGAUUCUCAAGCAGAGGUUAAUAGAAGUGCAGCCUCAUCCAAAAUGUCAGGGAAAUAUGACCCUUCCUCGCUGGUGGCUGGUGAUAUGGCCAUGGUGAAUCGGGCUGUCCAGGGGAGAACCUCCACAGGGAGGGGCAAGAUAUUCACUGGAACCAGCACCAGGCUGGAGAAACAGGGCACCGCUUUGUCUACACUUUCUCCUCCUGCUGUCACCUCCACAAGAGUGCUUAUGGCUGAUGACACUACAGAGCUGAUGGAGGAGGCAGCCCAGGUUGCUCCCUGUGCUACUCAGCUAGACAGUGCUGAUACCACUCAGGCACUCCUCAAGACAUUUGCCUGGGUGGACCCUCCAGAGGAAGAGACCUACUGCAUGGUUCCCGCCGAGCCACUACACCACAACCAAGAACAGCCGCUUGGCAGUAGAGUUGAUAAAAAGAAUCCAUCUGCCAUCAAUAUUAUCCCAGACACUCCUAAUCAAAAUGGACGUGCUGUUGGCACCGCACCUGAUCUAGGCAAAGACCAACGCUCAUGUGCCUCUGUCCUCCAGGACUCGAGCUAUGAGGUCAUCUCACUGGAGAGCAGGUCAUCAUCUGGCUUCUGUGAAAAGUUUGCUGGGCAUGGUGGUUCUGAUCCAGGCCAGACAGAGGACUCUCGUUCAGCACACGUAGUGGACUCUGCCAGCUGUUUCCUGGACCUUAUUAGUAAUGGUGAUCUGGUGACCCGGGCCCUGGCUGAUCUAGAUCUGAGUGGUAGUGUGGAGCUUCUCAGCGGUGGAGGGUACAAUGAUGAUAACCAAAACUCCAUGACAUCCUGCGAUACAGCUGAGCUCCUGCGUACUCCCUCCCCAUGUGUCGUAGAGUCUGACCAGGAAGCAGAGCCUGUAGAGAGUGGGAACGCUGUGGUAGAGUUAAAAAACUCAAGUGAAGAGCAAAUAGAAAACAACCACCAGGGCGAGCAGGGUCAGUGGACAGCUGUCUCUUCAAUUCAUAAAGAACAGAGCAGAGAGUUCUGCAUGCAAACCAACAGCGAGAUUCAGUCAAUGACAGACGCUCCUGCCACAUCCACUCCCAAGAAACAGAAGGUGAAUGGGCACACCCAGUCCUCAGACACUACACAGAUACUGGAGGGUCGAUAUGAAGGAAGCGCGUACCACAGAGAUGGCACACGAGUAGGUGUACAGUGUGAUGUGUGCAGGACGAAGCUCCCUGAUGGAAGCUCCCUGUUCUGUGUGUGGAUGAGCAGGCCUGGCCAGCAGGGGGCACUGUUUCAAACAGAUCGAUCACUGCACAACCAAUCAGGAGUCAGUCUAGGAGAGAGGAUUGGUGAGGCCAGUCAUGGGGAGGUUUUGCGCUCCACCAUGGACCUGGAGCAGUCUCGAGCCUGUGACGGGCAGUUUGAAGAAGAGUACCAGCCUCUUAAAGCUGUUGGGAAAGGAGCCUUUGGUUUUGUCUGGAAGGCACUAAGACGCUGUGAUGGAAUGGAAGUUAUAGUGAAGUUCAUCAGCAAGUCCAGGAUAGUGAGUGACUGCUGGGUAGAUGAUCCAAUGCUGGGACGAGUCAGCCAGGAGAUUGCCAUACUGACACGAGUACAGCACCACAACAUAGUCAAGGUGUUGGAGGUGUUUGAGAAUGGGAGUUACUUCCAAUUGGUGAUGGAGAAACAUGGAGAUGGCCUGGACCUUUUUGAGUUUAUAGACAUGCAGCCAAGGCUGGAUGAGCCCUUAGCCAGCUACAUUUUUAGACAGCUGGUGGCCGCUGUCUUCUAUCUGAGGACUAAGAACAUCCUUCACAGGGACAUAAAAGACGAGAACAUCAUUAUUGACAAAUGUUUCCAUAUUCGACUAAUAGACUUCGGCUCUGCUGCCAUGAUGGCUCCCAGGAAGCUAUUUUACAAUUUCUGUGGGACGCUUGAGUACUGCUCCCCGGAGGUGCUUCAGGGAAAUCCCUAUGAGGGUCCAGAGCUGGAGAUGUGGUCUCUCGGGGUGUUGCUGUACACUCUGCUGUUCAGUGAGAACCCUUUCUGUGGUGUUGAGGAGAUCCUGGAUGCCAAACUAAAGCCUCCGUUCCCGCUCUCUCCAGACUUGAAUGAUGUGUUAAGUGCGCUGCUGCACCCGGAUCCCACUCAGAGAAUGACUCUGGACCAGCUGCUGCUGCAGUCCUGGAUCAGUCAGCCCAUUUCACUGGCAGAUUACAGCUGGACUGAGGUGGUCCCUGCAACUCAGAGCUUCUGCUCACCACAGCCCCAGGAGUCCAGUCCUAAACUGUUCGUCAUGCAAGGCUUGUUCCCAGAUGAACAUGAUGAGACUCUUCCUGAUGAUGAUGAGGAGGAGGAGGAGGAAGAUGAGGAUGACAGGUUGUCAAUGGUUGCCCUGGAAUCUGAGCUUCAGAAGUAUCUCCAUGAAGAUUAACAACUGAAUUUAAAGGAAGUGGAGCCCAACCAUCCGUCCAACGUGUAUUGUGUGGUAGUACUAAGAGGACAUACAGUGCUAAAUAAGGAAAGGGAAGCUUGUCUUAGUCCAAGGCCAUAACCCAGCUCUACUGAGUAGAGUGUUUCAGAGACAAAUGUACCUUUGCCUUUAUGAAUUUACACAACUGGCUAUCAGGUGUAAUGAAUAACAAUGUCAGGCAAAAUGUGCGUGUUUGACAUAUUCAUGAUUACUUGAGUGAAAGCAAAAGCAUCAUAAUGUAGCAGUUUUUUUUCCUUUUAUGUAAUCUAUUUUAUUUAUUCUUUGAUGGAGGCAAAUUUUGAAUAGUAAAUGUUUCAGUAAUUGUUUCAGCUUUGCCACCAAAACACACAAGUGACUACAACCUUGAGUUGUUUACCUCAGAGAAACCACAUGGGGAAUUAGGUUUGAUUGAAGGGAAAUGUUCUGUUGAUCCCACUAUUUUAAGAGUUUUAUGUUCAUGUUUUUAGUCUUUAGUGUUUUAUUUAGAAAUUGUAAGUAUAUUUUACAAUAUUUUAUCUAUUUAUUUUUUUACAUUAAAAAAUAUUUGACCAAAACUUUUCCUUUUUAUAUGACUAAGGAAUUACCUGUUGAUCAGAACUGUAGAAGGUUCCUUGGUCAUUCAAACACUAAUGCUGUUAAUGUAUUUUAAUUUUAUGUUCUUCAUGCAAUCAGUAAACAGUAAAUUAUUAAAUGACGGUGCUGUAAAAAAUGUGUCACGUUGCUGUUUCAAACAUGGUGAAGUACCAGAUAGCUAACACAGCAGCUGCUUGACCUGGCUGAUUCAAACUGCAGCUCUAUAUUGGAUUUAAUUUGUCAGAAAUUUGAGGGGAAAAAUUACUGAAAAAAACUAUUGUAAUUGAUAAUAUUCUGCCUACCUGCCUUGUCUUGGUAUAUUAUACCCUUAUAAAUAAGGAGAUUGUUGUAUAUCAUGUAGAAUAAGCAUAUUGUGUUUCUUUGCUUAAUACAAUGUAAGGUUUGGGUUAGAAUAAAGCAAUAGAUGUGUAAUUAAAUUCUGAUUAAAAAAACCCAAAUGAU